AUGAAUAUAUCCAAAGCUACGGGUGAACAAAAAUUGCAAUUGUGCCGCACAUACUUUCGUGCUGGAUUUGCAUUACUGCCAUUCUUGUGGGCAGUAAAUUUCUUUUGGUUCUUCAAGGAGGCAUUCGGUAGAAACUCAUAUCCGGAACAAAAGCAAAUCAAACAGUACGUCAUAUAUUCAGGAAUUGGAACAUUCGUUUGGACGGUGGCAUUAACAGUAUGGAUCAUAAUAUUUCAAACACAGAGAGCACAAUGGGGUGCUACGGCAGAUUACAUGAGUUUUAUUAUUCCAUUGGGAAAGCCUUAAAU